GCGUCCAUUCGAUUCUCGUAGGGGUUAACUUUUCCAUCAACAACCCAAUAUACAUAAAUUCUAAAAAGUCCAACUUAGUGUUCGCGUUUUCUAAUAAAACAUGGUCAAUAUUUAUAUUUUGCCUUGCAAGAUAUUGAAAAUGCACACGUUCCGACAAAUUACUUUGUAUUAAGUGACAAAAAUACCUGCUUUGUGGAAGAGAAUUUGUGGCAUUUUCGCGCGUAAUUUCGGCGCUCGAACUGAAAAAUUGCGCGCCAACCCGGCUCUCACGAUCUUAAGGUCCAUUAUCGUCGUGUUACGUGUAGAAACGACUAAAUCUGCCGGCUGGGGAAAAUUAGCACGUGUGAAAUUUUCGUCAAAAUUUGCCAAUUUGAUCUGUUUUUGUGCCAAAAUUCAUCCAGGUCUGAAAAGGUGUUGACGAUCUUCGUUGAAAUCUGCUCGUUAGAUCCCCUUUGUUAGAGUCAACACGUUACUGUUUCCUUGGCAACUUAAUCCAUCGGGAUGGAUAUCACAACUGCCGUACCCGACCUCAGCUGGGCGACCUCCAUGCUCUCAGGCACCGGAACCGUCGGACCCAUGGACAUGACCCCGUACGUCUGGACCCUAGUUGUGGGUUUCCUCAUCUCUUUCGUCCUGGCUUUCGGUCUGGGCGCCAACGACGUCGCAAACUCCUUCGCCACCUCGGUGGGCUCGCGGGUGCUGACGCUGCGCACGGCAUGCAUCCUGGCUUCCUUCUUCGAGACGGCGGGGGCGGUGUUGCUGGGGGCGAAGGUCUCGGACACCAUCCGCAAGGGCAUCUUUGACGUGUCGCUGUACGAGGGCAUGACGGAGACCCUGAUUGUGGGUCAGAUUGCUGCACUGGGAGGAGCCUGCAUUUGGUUGCUAGUGGCAACCUACUUCAAGCUGCCUGUUUCCGGCACUCACAGCAUCGUGGGAUCCAUGAUUGGUUUCCACCUCGUCGUGUUUCAGACGGAGGGCGUUAACUGGAGCAAGUUUGGUCUCAUCAUUGCAUCCUGGUUCAUUUCUCCGUUGUUGUCGGGCCUCAUGUCUGCCAUCAUCUUCCUUCUCUACAAGAAGUUUGUUCUGGACAAGGAUGAGCCCUUGGAGCCUGGUCUGAAGGUCCUCCCCAUCUGCUACACUCUGGUGCUGCUUGUCAACGUGUUCUCCAUUACCUUCGAUGGUCCCGAAUUACUAGGAAUGAACAAUGUGCCUGUUUGGGGAACCUUCAUUAUAAGUCUGGGUGUUGGACUCAUCACUGGGCUGAUUGUGUGGUUUCUGGUCGUCCCGCGAUUGAGGAAAAACCUGCAAGGGGCUGAUAGUAAAUUCUCGGCACUACCAAGCGUCAGCCUGGAGGACGUCAAGAUUGAACCAGAUGUCACCAUUGAAAUGAAAGAGAGCAUCCCUGGAAAAGAAGAGCCUUUGAACCCAGAGAAGACGGACAUCGCUGCACUUGAUGAGAAACUUCGAGUUGUUGACAUUGAGAAAGCUGCAGCUGCCAAUGUUGAGAAAGAACCAAUGAUGAUAAUGAACGCUGAACUGGACUUAUCCUGCGACACCAACAACACUUCCCUUCAGUCCUCGCAAGACCUCAGCUUCUUCCAACGGUUCAUGCUGCGGACAGGGUGGCGUAAGAUUGAGAGCGCUAGCACCACGCCCGGCAGCGCCACGCCCGACUCGCUGCGCUCCUCCACCAGCAGCAGCACCCCUCCCAGGAGAAACCUUGAGGCGUGGAAGAGCGUAGUGGAUCCUCCCGAGGUGGCCAAGCUCUGCAGUCCCUUGCAGAUUCUGUCGGCUGUCUUCGCUUCGUUUGCCCACGGCGGAAACGACGUGUGUAAUGCCGUGGGUCCUCUCGUUGCGCUGUGGUCUAUCUACCAGUCCGGGGGCGUUGGCCAGAAGCAGAGCACGCCCAUUUGGAUCCUGUUCUACGGCGGGCUGGGCAUCACUAUUGGGUUGUGGGUGCUAGGCCGUCGAGUCAUUGAGACAGUUGGCGACAGGCUGACCCCCAUCACUCCAUCCAGCGGUUUCACCAUCGAGCUGGGCGCUGCCACCACCGUCCUUGCAGCCUCCAAGCUAGGCAUCCCCAUCAGCACUACCCACUGCAAAGUGGGCUCUGUCUUUGUCAUCGGCCUUGUCCGCUCCCGUGCUUCGCUAGAGUGGAAAAUGUUCCGUAAUAUCUUCCUGGCCUGGAUAGUCACGCUACCCAUCACAGGAGGCAUUAGCGCGAUACUCAUGCUUAUUCUGCAAAACGUCGUAUGAUAAACAGCCCCUUAGCUAGCCCUCCCUGUACAAAUUAAUUUUUUUUCUCAAGAAUUCCUCCAGUUUUAGUCGUUAAAAUGCAGGUUUUUAGCAGAACACACUGUAAUAUUUAAGUGAAACUUUUGUACAGUAUUCUUUCUGCAAUUUGCUGUGUGUAUGAUCUAUAGAUCUCUCUCAUAGGACACCAUCUUA